CACACUCCUCCUUCAGUUCAGUUCAGUUCAGUCCCUUCAGCCACGCACACGGCUCUAUCUGCGCCGCUCGGAGUCGCUUCAUCUCCUCCUUUUGCUUUGUGGAAACUCCUCCUUUAGUAAAGUCUGGGCUCGGACAGUGAACGACAGGAAGAGGAGAGUCUCAGUCAGAGAAGACAGGACGACCGGACGAUUAUUUGUUGUUCAUUUUCUUCAGAGUCCACAGAUGAUGGAGCCCAAACUCUGGAUUGGCUUUUGUGCGCUUGUGCUGCUCCUGAACGUAGCAUCUGCCACGCAUGAUGCUGUUCCUACUGCCUCAGCCACCCCAGAGACGACUGCAGCUUCAGGUUCAGCUGAGGCUCCUGCGACUCCAGCUGCAGGAUUUGUUUCUGAUUCUAGUCUAAACCAAACCAAUCCUGCAGCUGAUGCAUCUAAUGUGACUGGCUCCAGCACAAACACAGGCCCCAGUGGCAACAGCAGCACAACUACAGACAGGGAAACCAGUCCUGUCACAACCCAGCCAAGUAAACCCAACGCGACUGACAUGAGUCUUCCGUCUGAGACUAAUGGGACCACCCCAAAGGUGUCACCAUCACAGCCUCCAGUUCCUUCUGCUGAAAGCCAUGACCCUUCCUCACACAAACUCCCUGAUUCUGCUACCACCACCACCACUACCACCACACACAGAAAUGACACCUCUCCUGGUGGGUCGACCACCACACUGUCCACCAACCCAACAAAGCAUACGGCCCCCUUACUCCCUGACUCCACUUCACCAUCAGGCGACACCACCCACCCUACAACACACCCAUCUACCUCCGCCCUGACGCCGACAGCUAAAACAAGUCACACGAAGACUGAAACCACAGUUACUACCGCAACCACACAGUCCAACACCAUCUCCUCACAGAAGCCCUCACACACCUCACAGCCUGACCCCCACCUCACAUCCACCCCGAACCCAGCGCCCAGCUCCUCCACUCAGGCCAAAGGUCACGUGGACACCCCAUCCCAGCUCAAUGAUGGAAAAGACACAACAGUGACGCAUAAGUCUCCCACAUUAAACCCCCUCCUGGCAGGCCUGGUGUCAGCCUUCAUCAUCACCGCAGUCAUCAUCACUCUGCUUCUGUUUCUUAAACUACGCCGGAGAGACAACCGUCCAGAGUUCCGAAGGCUGCAGGAUCUACCUAUGGAUGAUAUGGAGGACACACCCUUGUCCAUGUACAGCUAUUGAAGGAAGCAGGACUGAACUUUUGGUGGCCAAAUACUCUUCUUCAACCCAGGAUUAUGUUGCAGCGAUCAAACCUGAUCUUUCCUCCUUAAUUUGCACCAAACACAAAGAAACCUGGGUAGCUGGAAGCAAACGCAUGGCUUGCUUUUAUUUAUCCAGAUCAUUGACAUGUGAAAAAGGACAAGAUGGAAGCUGCAAAGGACAAUGAAGACGUCACCCGUGUCUGGGUCCCUUAAGCAAAAGGCUAUUUUGAUAUCUGUAAUCAAAAUUUAGGACACCUCUGCUCAGUACUAUACCCCUAUGAUUUUUCAGCCCAUUUUCUUAGAUAUGGGGGUUGUGUAUUUGGAUUUAGGUGUAAAGCAGGCAGCUGGAUCACUUCACUUGAAUGGUUCACACAUGAGCACAGAUUCAGCCUCUCCUGCUUCUUACCUGAGGGCACUGGUCGAUUUUUCCUGUUAUCGGUUUAUCAGCCAAAAAAGAAAAG